AUGGCUCAUGCUCCUCUCCUCAGAACAAACACGGCUCCUGUAUUCCAGCAAUCCAACGGAAUUGGCGGCCUACCCAAUACCAUGAGUAAUGCGCCCCGCGCCAGCCAGCUUUCCGGCUCGACAACAUACACAUCCUCCUCCGGCUCCCUCGCAUCCUUCCAGAGCGCAUCCACGGUGACGCCCCCGCAAAAUGGCGGUCCCGUUCAGGCCACAGCCAACAUCAUCAACCAAAAGGCCGAUGCCUCACGAUCCCUCUAUCAGAUCUGCAUGUCGUUGAAGCAGCGAUUAUCACUGGUGCCUGGCUUCGACCCCUAUCUGCAAGAGCUCGACCCCAACGACCCCGUCGAAUCGCUGUGGGCCCUGUUCCGCACGGGUCACCCGCUCCUCGACAUCUACAAUGCCCUGCAACCCGAAAAGCCCCUCGAGAUAGAAGGCGCAAAUGCCAGUGCAAGCGACAGCAAAAAGGCAAAAAUUGCCCUCUUCAAAUUCAUCCAGGCGUGUCUCAAGGACUUGGGUAUAUCGUCGGCGGAAUGCUUCGUCAUUAGCGACGUCCUAGGAAAUGACACGACCGGUUUUGUAAAGACUACCCAAGUCGUCAACUACGUCCUCGACAUCGCUGAGCAACGAGGGCUCCUGUUACAGCUCCAGCCUUACCCCGAAGACGACCUCCCUAUGGAACCAGGCUCCAAGCUGAGCUACCGGGAUCAUAUCGUGAAGGAACUGGUUGAUACGGAGCGCAAAUACGUUCAAGAUUUGGAGAACCUCUACGACCUCAAGAGUAGUUUGGAGACCAAGGGAAUUAUUACGGGCGACACCAUUCAUCAAAUAUUCCUCAAUAUCAACGCUAUCCUGGAUUUUCAGCGCCGGUUCCUGAUCCGCGUAGAGACGACAAAUUCCAUGCCCAAGAGCGUACAGCAUUGGGGUGCUCCAUUCGUCACAUAUGAGGAUGCAUUCGACAUUUACCGGCCCUUCAUUGCUAACCAGCGAAAGGCGGCCCAAGUGGCCAACCAAGUCUUUGACCAGAUCAAGGCUAGUGGGCAUCCCGUGGCCGCAGACUUCAACACCUUGGACGGCUUCCUCCUUAAGCCCAUGCAGCGACUCGUCAAAUACCCUCUUCUACUGAAGGAUCUGAUGAAAAAGAGUGAAGACGAGGAAAUCAAGGCCGAUCUGGCAGCCGGUAUCGAGGCCGCGGAACAAGUUCUCUCCAAGGCCAACGAAGAAGUCAAUCGCGAUCUCUUGGACGAGGCUUUGGACGACCUGCGAAACCGUGUGGAUGACUGGAAGAACCAUCGUGUGGAGCAAUUCGGCAGGUUGCUCAUGCACGGCGUUUACACUGUCGUCACAGGGAAGAGCGAACAAGAAAAGGACUACGAAAUUUAUCUCUUUGAAUGCAUCCUGCUUUGCUGCAAGGAAAUAUCGGCGAACAAGAGCAGGGAUAAGAAGGACAAGACUAGGUCGACCGGGCCCAAGAUUAGGAAUAAGAAUGCGAGACUCCAGUUGAAGGGCAGGAUUUUCAUGACGAAUGUCACCGACAUCGUCUCCCUCGCGAAGCCUGGAUCCUACAUCGUCCAAAUCUGGUGGAAAGGUGACCCGGGCGUGGAGAAUUUCAUGAUCAAGUACACAAACGAGGAGCAGAUGAAGAAAUGGGCAGUAGCCCUCGAGGCGCAACGUAAGGAGAACACGCCCAACAAAUCUGCCACGAGUCCCGACCAGGCAGCGCCCGACUUCGCCUGGACCCGCGAAAACGCUGGCAAGCUCGAGAAUCCAUAUCUUAACCAGCAAGACGAUGAUGACGACGAGGAACUCUGGCCACCCGCUUCUGCCCCUGCCCAGUUUCCAAUGCCGACGCAGUCUACAGGAGGCAGCAUGUUGCCUCGCAAUGCAUCGAGCACAAGCCUGCGACAACGCGCCGCAACUGGCGAGAGCCUCACCGGUAUAGUGAGGGCUCCACCACCUCGAUUCCCCCUCCCACAAGCACCUGCGCCUCUCAGCCUUACGACUCAGGUCCCUGCUCCGGGCGCUUCAUCGCCUGGGGCUCGAGGCGGCGACUCUUACUUCUCGCCCGUAGCCGAGUCCCCGGCUUCCUCACGUACGAGCACUGCGAGCAACAUAUUCCCUAAUCCGGGAUACCAAUUCCCCAAGUCUCUAACCCCUCAGCCGGGAUGGGAGGACCCUAACCAGAGAUACACGGCCCCCGCGAUGCCUCGAGCUCCCUCACGGGAUGGGUCAUCCCAGCACAGAAAUCCCCGCGGACCAUCUCUGCCGGCAAUGGCUUCCAACAGCCAGAGUGCGGCACAGCAGCAGCGCAGCAGAUCGUACAGCACUCCUGACAUCAACGCCCCAGGAAACAUCCGUCGCACUCAAGGCGGCACUCCCGUUCCGGCGGUGCCUGGCAUCCCGGCGCACCUGCACCCAGCUCACGACCAGAACAUCCCGCGGUCACAAACCGGCUCGCCCAGGGUAAAUGACGUUCCUAUUAGAUCAAACACGCAGAGCCCUGGCGCUCAGCGAGAACGCCAGUAUGGGCACCAGCAGUCUGGAAGUUAUGGCGGCACCAUGUCACAGUUUCCAGCUCAGCCAAUUUACCCGCGCCAGGGAACGCCAAACUCUGUACACGACCGGCAGCUCAGCAUCGACGCGGCUGCAUCUAUGAACGCGAUGUUAUCUCCCCCACUUGGCACUGGCGGGAUUAGCGGGUCUCAGUCGAACCCGCUCGCCAGCCCGGACCUGCCGAUUCCUACGCAAUUAAAGGUCAAGGUAAACUUUGUCGACAGCGGCAAUUACGUUACCCUGGUUGUUGCGUUCAACAUCACGUAUCAGUCUCUGAUUGACCGAAUCGACGCCAAGCUUGCACGAUUCACCAACAGUAGCAUCAGCAAAGGCAUGCUCAAGCUGCGAUACCAGGACGAAGAUGGCGACUUUGUCACGAUUGCUAGUGAUGACGACAUUCAAAUCGCCUUUAUCGAGUGGCGUGAGGGAGCUCGCGCUACUGCGCCGGGAGGAGUCGGCGAAAUCGAGCUGUUCUGCGUUGGGGAUACGGCCUGA